AUGUCAUCAUCGUUUAUUGAUCUUCGUUCAGAUACAGUAACAAAACCAACAAAUGAAAUGCGUCAAGCAAUGUUCAAUGCCGAAGUAGGAGAUGAUGUUUAUGGUGAUGAUUUUACUGUAUUAAAAUUACAAGAAAUGGCAGCAAAAUUAUUAGGAAAAGAAGCAGCUUUAUUUGUUCCAUCGGGAACAAUGGGAAACCUUAUUUGUAUUCUCAAUCAUUGUUUAGAAUUCGGUUCAGAAAUGAUAUUGGGUGAUGAAUGUCAUAUGCACAUAUAUGAACAAGGUGGAUGUGCAACACUUGCAAGAAUUCAUUCAAGAACAGUUCCAACACAACCAGAUGGAACACUUCUACUUAAAGACAUUGAACAACGAAUUCGAACAGUAAAAGAUGAUCAUUUUCCUGUGACGAAACUUGUCUGUUUGGAAAAUACACAUAAUCGAAUGGGAGGAAAAGUCUUGACUGUUGAAUAUAUAGAAAGUGUUGGAAAAUUGUGUCAACAAUAUGGAUUAAAAUUACAUAUGGAUGGUGCAAGACUAAUGAAUGCAGCUGUUAAAUUAGGUGUCGAACCAGCUAAAUUAGUUCAAUCUUGUGAUUCUGUUUCAUUUUGUUUAUCAAAAGGCUUGGCAGCACCAAUUGGAUCACUCAUCAUUGGUACACAUGAAUUUAUUGUACAAGCAAAACGAUUAAGAAAAGUACUAGGCGGAGGAAUGAGACAAGCAGGUGUUUUAGCUGCAGCAGGUAUUAUUUCAUUAACACAAAUGCCAAAAUUAUUAAAGUUAGAUCAUGAAAAUGCAAAAUUACUUGCUGAAGGAUUAUCAAAAAUUGAUGGAUGUGAAAUUAAUCCUGAAAAAGAUGUUGAAACAAAUAUGGUCUUUUUUAUAUUAAAUUCUGAUAAGCUUAAAAUCGAUGCACAAACAUUUGCUAAUAUUUUAAAGAAUGAUUAUAGAAUAUUAGUAUCAGUACAAGGAAAAUUCAAAUGUCGAUUUGUUACACAUUAUAUGAUUACAAAAGAAAAUAUUGAAUAUGUCGUAAAACAAGUUGGACAUGUUUUAGAAAAUAAUAAAAAUAUUAUUUAA